ACAAAGUAUAUCAUAUCCUAAACAAACAAAAACACAAACACAAAAGCAUAUCCUAAACAAACAAAAACACAAACACAAAAGCCUCUUUUGUACAAGUUUCAUUUUGUAUUUGUAUCAGUUGUUUGCUACCCUGUCAUCAAACCAUGAAUUGCCGGUUGUUUUUAGCUGGCAUGGUGCUCAUUGCUUGUGUAAUGAGUACCGGCACAAUGCUAGUUUCAGCUCGCCAUCUCCUAGAAGCUUCCGUGCCAGAGCAUCCUAAGGAGGAAGUGCCUGAGCUUCCUAAGCCCACAGUGCCUGAACUCCCAAAGGUGCCCGAGUUGCCUAAGCCCACAUUGCCUGAGCUUCCAAAGCCCACCUUGCCAGAGCUCCCUAAGCCCACUGUGCACGAGGAGCCUAAGCCCAUUGUGCCUGAAUUACCAAAGCCCAAAAAGUCUGAGAUGCCCAAGCCCAUUGAACAUGAAUUGCCCAAGCCUAGAUUGCCAGAGAUGCCUAAACCUGUUGUACCUGAAAUGCCUAAGCCCACAUUGCCUGAAAUGCCAAAACCUACCUUGCCAGAGCUCCCUAAACCCACUGAACACGACGUACCCAAGCCAACACUACCCGAACAACCAAAGCACAAAUCGGUUGAAGUGCCCAAGCCCACCGAACAUGAAGCUUCCAAGCCCAUUGCACAUGAAGUGCCUAAGCCCACCGAACAUGAAGUGCCCGAGAUACCCAAGCCAACAAUGCCUGAAUUACCGAAGCCUGUUGUGCCUGAGUUGCCAAAACCCAAGAUGCCUGAAAUGCCCAAACUCACAAUGCCCGAGAUACCCAAGCCAACUAUUCCUGAACUGCCCAAGCCUGUUGUGCCUGAACUGCCCAAGCCGACAUUACCUGAGAUCCCUAAGCCUGCCAUCCCUGGCAAACCUUGAAUGAUACAACAGUUUGCGUUUCUUGGGACUACUUGAAUGCAUAUUAUACUUUCAUUUGAUAUUUUGACACCCCUCUUUUUGUUGUGGUGUGUGUAUCAUCAGUGUAUGUGUUGUGUUAUGGUGUGAAGGGGUUUAGUGAACUUACUAUGUUAAUGUAUUUUGUCCUUCUUUCAGUAACAAAUUACGUAAUAUAUAUUUAUAUCCUUUUGAUUUCUGUAUUUGGUAA